GUUUGAUGGUUCAUUUAAAUAAGUUUGUGUGACAUUUAUAAAGUGUGAAAAUUAUUUAUAAAAUUGAAUAUUUGUUUUGAUUGACUUUUAAUUUUACGUUUUCUGCUUUAUUUCGAAAGUUGGUGACAUAAUUGAAUGUGAUAAAUAAGAUGGCGCAGACCACAACCAUUGAAACAGUAACAAUAACUCGUCCACUAAAGGUGAUAGCAUUCAUAUGUGGACUUAUUGUUAUCAUAUUGAUGAUAAUGGGACUUGUCUCUACAGACUGGCUAAUGGCAGCCGGUUGGCGACAAGGAUUAUUCAUGCAUUGCAUUGAAGAGGAUGCACCAACACCUUUACCAUUUAAUAUGCAAGAGCCACCAGGUUGUUAUCAAUCGAGAGAUGCUGCAUACGUAAAAGCAGCAGCGGCUUUAUGUGUAAUCACACUUUUGACUGAUGUUGUAGCAACAGUUCUCACUGGAUUGGGAAUUAGAACCAAAGAUCAUCGAACCAAAUAUAAGUAUUAUAGAUUUGCUGUACUUGUUAUGUUACUAGCAUUAAUUUCGAUUUUAAUUGCUUUAGUUAUAUAUCCAGUAUGUUUUGCUGCUGAAUUAAAUUUAGGUAAUCGUACAGUUUGGGAAUUUGGUUGGGCAUAUGGUGUGGGCUGGGGUGCCGCAAUAUUUUUAUUCGGUGGUGUAAUAUUACUAUUGUGCGAUAAAGAAAGUGAAGAAAUAUAUUAUAAGGAACGUAAAAUAGUUCAUGAUAAUGAUUCGAGAGCCUAGUGGCCGCACACCCUGCCCGAUGUUGUUCUCUGAUCGUGAGUGCGUUGCACGCACGUUAGUCAGUUCGUCGUCAUAUGUGUGCACAUGAGAGUAUAUUUGUUGCUGUAAAUGUGUGUUAAUGUAAUGCGUGACUUUUCAAAUAAAAAAUAUUACGUUCAACUACUUAUUGGUAUGUGUGUGGUUUUAUUCAAACGGUACGAAUGACUUUUCGU